AUGUCGCCUGCACAAGACCCCGCGACGGGUGAAACCGGCAGCAGAGCAUCGCGUGCGCACACUUUAGAGACGUCGUCGACGUCGGAAUCGGGUCGCCCGAGACGUACCACGGCCCAGAGCGACAUUCAGGAAACGAUACAACACCCGGGCAAUGUGCGCAUCAACGUCCAGGGCGCUUUCAUCGUCGACGAGGAGCAUCCGGAUACUCCGUCGAGCGAAGACUAUGAGCACGACCCGCACGACAUUAGACUUCCAAACCACACUUCAGUAGUGAGCCAUGUAGCCGUUGAUAUUGGAGGUUCCCUUGCAAAACUCGUCUACUUUUCGCGAGAACCUGGCGAUGGCUCGAUUGGCGGCCGGCUGAACUUCUUCAAGUUCGAGACAGACAGGAUAGAUUCGUGUAUAGAGUUUAUGCGCAAACUGCAAGCGGACCAGAAACACGAUAACGGUCAAAAGUCACAAGAUCUGUGUAUCAUGGCGACUGGCGGUGGAGCCUUCAAGUACCAUGACAAGAUAACACAGGCUUUGGAUGUGGAAGUCAUACGAGAAGACGAGAUGGAGUGCUUGAUCAUAGGGCUCGAUUUCUUCAUCAAUGAGAUACCCAACGAGGUCUUUACCUACAGCGAAGACAGCCCGAUGACCUUUAUGCCGCACCCCCCAGACCCGCCAAACAUCUACCCCUACCUCCUCGUCAACAUCGGCUCCGGCGUCUCCAUGAUCAAAGUCUCCGGACCACGACAAUUCGAGCGCAUAGGCGGAACCUCAUUAGGAGGAGGAACACUCUGGGGCCUUUUAUCCCUCCUUACCGGCGCCCGCAGCUUCGACGACAUGCUGCGACUCGCCGAAAAUGGCGACAACUCCACCGUCGACCUCCUCGUCGGCGACAUCUACGGCCAAGCCUACAACAAAAUCGGUCUCAAGAGCACACACAUCGCCUCCUCGUUUGGAAAAGUCUACAAGAUGAAGCGCGCCGCCGAGCGCGACGCAGAAGACGGAUGCAACGGCGACUUCAAGCACAGAGAAGAAGCAGAGCACGUCCAAGGUUCCUCUGAACUCUCUCACGCCUCAGCUUCCUUCCGCCCAGAAGACAUGGCCCGCUCCCUCCUGUACGCCGUCUCAAAUAACAUUGGCCAGAUUGCGCACCUGCACGCGGAAAAACAUGGGUUGCCACGUAUUUACUUUGGGGGCUCGUUCAUUGGUGGGCACUCGCAGACUAUGAAUACGCUGUCUUAUGCUAUUCGCUUUUGGUCAAAGGAUACGAGACAGGCCUACUUCUUGAGACAUGAAGGCUAUCUGGGGGCUGUGGGCGCCUUCUUGAAGAGGCAGCCGCGGAAUUGGGGGAGGAGGGAGAGCUUUGUGGGGGGUGGGAAGCCGCCUGCUUGA